AUGCCCACUCGAUCGUCUGAGCUCCUACUCAAAUCUGCAUCCGAAUGGCGAACCUGGCUCACCAAGAAUGGUCAGACUUCACGGGAAGUCUGGCUCGUCUGCGUCAAAGCGAAAGCACCCUCGAAUGUCAGAAAGCAUACCACCAUCACGUACUUCGAAGCACUAGAUGAAGCCCUGUGUUACGGCUGGGUGGACAGCAGAUGUGGAAAACGAGAUGAGCACACGUUGUACUGGCGGUUUACACCACGUAGGCCCAAGUCUACAUGGUCGGCACGAAAUGUUGGCUUCAUUGAACGUCUCAUGGCGAUGGGCAAGAUGGCUCCUCCAGGAAUUCUGACAGUAGAGGCAGCAAAGUCGAAUGGGCUUUGGGAUGCUGCGUAUUCGGCGAACGCCCCUGAAGAUCUGUUGGAGGAAGUGAGCAUAGCUGAAGCACAAUCUCAAAAGGCAUGGAAGAAUAUGUCAAAGAAGGACAAGUAUGCCUUGUUCGUGAGCCUGGGAAGCUCGCCGAUGGGGUCAGAGGCGAGGAGAAAGAAGAUCGAGGGUAUUGCCAAGAAGCUGACCCCUGACACCACCACGACAUAA